GAUUGGCAAGGUAAAGAAGGCAUUAUCUGUAUUUGGGGAAAUAAAGGUUUCAAAUCUCAUGCCAGACUCAACUUAUAGAAUUGCGAUAAUGUGUUAUGCUGAAGAGCAGGAUAUCAGGAAGCAUGCCUUUGCCAUAAUAAAAUAGGAGAAAUGUCAUGUGUUCUUUCUGUCGAUGCUUAUCGUUCUCUUGCUAAAGGUCUAUGCAAAAUCGGAGAGAUUGAUGCACCCAUGAUGCUUGUUGAUGAUUGUUUAGCAAAUGCCACUAGUGGGCCUAUGGCAUUUAAGUACACUCAUGCUGUUAUUAAUGUGUGUAGAUCAGGUGCUGAAAAGGUAAUGGAAGUGAUGAAUGAAAUGCUGCAAGAAGGUUGCCUUCUGGAUGAUGUUUUAUGUUCCACUAUUAUAUCUGGAAUGUGCAAGCAUGGGACAAUAGAAGAGGCAAGGGAAAUCUUCACAAAUUUAUUGUCUGUCUGUAUGCAUGCUUACCUCAGUGAAUAUGAAGAACAGAGUCUGAUUGGGGCCUGGAGCAUGUAUAUCCUGUUGUAGAGUAGUUUGUCUGUGAGGGCAAUAUCAGUGAGCUCCAUGAAACCAUAUGAUUGUUUGGUGUUGGUUCACCAAUUGAAAAGUAAUGGUAUAUUGUAGAUUGACCAGGCAGCAUCCCUCCACA